GAGCAAAUUUAAUGAAUGAAUCCUUGCUGUCAGAGUUUCUUCUCCUGGAAUUCUCAAAUGUUCGAGAACUGCAGAUUCUGCAUUUCAUUGCAUUCCUUGUUUUCUACCUGGCAGCAGUGGCAGGAAAUGUCCUCAUCAUCUCUGCAAUUGUCUCUGACCAGCGCUUACACACCCCCAUGUACUUUCUUCUGAUGAAUCUGGCCAUCCUGGAUGUCGGCCAAGUUUCAGUCAUUUUCCCCCAAACCAUUUUGAAUUCUCUCUUUAACACCCGACAUAUUUCUUAUUCUGGAUGUGUUGCUCAAGUUCUCCUGUUCGUCUUAUUUUCGAUUUCUGAUUUCUCUCUUCUCACCGCCAUGGCAUAUGAUAGGUAUGUUGCCAUUUGCAAUCCAUUACAAUAUGAGUUGUUGAUGAAUAAGCAAGCCUGCAUUAAAAUGGUCACUACUGUAUGGAUUGUGAGCUUUCUCUAUGCUGUGUUACACACUGGAGGCACCUUUGCACCCCCCUUUUGCUCCAAUGUUGUCAAUCAGUUUUUCUGUGAAAUCCCACAGUUACUUAAGCUUGCCUGCUCUGACUUGUAUCAAAUUGAAACUGGAGCUCUUUUCUUAAGCGCUAUCAUUUUGCUAUGCUGCUUCACUUACAUUGUUGUGACUUACGUGCACAUUUUCACUGCAGUGCUGAGAAUCCCCUCAGUGCAGGGGAGGCAAAAAGCUUUCUCAACUUGUCUUCCUCACCUCAUUGUUGUCUCCAUAUUUGUAUCCACUGGCUCUGUUUCUCACCUCAAAGCCACCUCUAAUUCUACUUCACAUAUGGAUUUGGUGUUUACUAUGGUAUAUACUAUGGUCCCACCCUUGAUGAAUCCAGUAAUCUACAGCAUGAGAAACAAGGAGAUAAAACAUGCUCUGUCAAAGCUAUUGGGUUUGAUGUACUAA